AUGGCUCCCAAGACAAAGUUCGAGCUGAAAACGGCCAAGGGCACCAAAGAUUCUUACUCACCCCACGGGAAUGGCAAGGACAUGGUCAUCCGAGACAAGAUCUUCAGCACCAUCACCGAAGUCUUCAAGCGCCACGGCGGAGUUACCAUCGACACACCCGUUUUCGAGCUCAAGGAGAUUCUGUCUGGCAAAUAUGGCGAGGAUAGCAAGCUCAUCUACGACCUCGCUGACCAGGGUGGCGAGAUUUGCUCGCUGAGAUACGACCUGACGGUCCCAUUCGCUCGUUUCCUUGCGAUGAACAAGGACAUUCAGAACAUUAAGCGCUACCACAUCGCCAAGGUCUAUCGCCGAGACCAGCCUGCCAUGACCAAGGGCAGGAUGCGAGAGUUUUACCAGUGCGAUUUCGAUAUCGCUGGUACCUACGACGCCAUGUUGCCCGAUGCCGAAGUCAUUCGCAUCAUCACUGAAGUCUUUGAGGGUCUGGGGUGGAACGGCGCGUACACCAUUAAGCUCAACCACCGCAAGAUCCUCGAUGGCAUCUUCCAGGUCUGCGGUGUCCCAGAAGACAAGAUCAGGACCAUCUCUUCUGCAGUUGACAAGCUUGACAAGCUGCCGUGGGCGGAUGUCCGAAAAGAGAUGACCGAGGAGAAAGGCCUCGCAGAGGAUGUUGCUGACCGCAUUGGAGAGUGGGUUGUCCUGAGAGGGCGCCACGAGCUGCUCGAGAAGCUGCGCAACGAUGAGAAGCUUUCGGCAAACGAGUCCAUGAAGCAAGGUGUUGCGGAUGUUGCUCUCCUGUUUGAAUAUCUUGAGGCCUUUGGCGCCCUCGACAAGGUUUCGUUUGACCUGGGCUUGGCUCGCGGCCUGGACUACUACACCGGCCUUAUCUACGAGGUAGUCACCGAGGGCUCUGCCCCUGAGGCUACCCCUGGCUCAGAGGAUGCCGCAAAGCCAAGCAAGAAGAAGUCCAAGGGUAAAGGAGACGAUGAUGACCGGUCUGACGACCCCACCAUCGGCGUUGGAAGUGUCGCUGCUGGUGGUCGAUACGAUAAUUUGGUCGGCAUGUUCUCUGGAAAGACUCAGAUUCCAUGUGUCGGCAUCUCAUUUGGCGUCGAUCGCAUCUUCUCUAUCACCAAGGCCCGGAUGGCAGCGGACAAGUCAGCCGACCAGGUGCGCGGCAACGAUGUUGACGUCUAUGUCAUGGCUCUGGGUGGAAAGGGACUGGUCAAGGAGCGCCUGGAAAUCUGCGCAAAGCUGUGGCAGGCUGGCAUCAAGGCGGAAUUCUUAUACAAGGCAAAGCCCAAGAUGCAGGCUCAAUUCAAGGCUGCGGAAGCCAAUGGCGUGCCCUUUGCCAUCUUCAUCGGCGAAGACGAGCUGGCUCAAGGCAAGGUCAAGAUCAAGGAGAUGGGUCUCAAGGAUGGACACCCCGAGAAGGAUGGGGUCCUGAUAGACACAACGCGCAUGACGGAUGAGCUGAAAUACCGAAUACGGCGCAAGCGGGAACUGGAGAGCAUUUCGAUACAAGCCGAAGGCCUCAAGGUGGUGGGCGGCGUCAAGGGUGAGACGGCCAAGCCGGCAGAGGCGUCUAAGGAGGAGGAAACUCCAAAGGCAGAGGCAACUCCAAAGGCAGAGGCAACUCCAAAGGCAGAGGAAGCUCCAAAGGCAGAGGAAGCUCCCAAGACAGAGGACGCCCCAGCAGCGGAUGCUACCCCCACAGCUACGACAGAAGCUCCGGCUUCAUAG